AUGACGUCACGGCCCAAUGCUGAAAACCUCAAAAAUUUUUCCCAAAAAAGUAAGGAGAAAACACUUUACAAAAUUGCGACAAAUACACAGACCGAAGACCAAAAAAGUUCGGAGAAUCGCAAGGAAAGUUUGGAGAAUCAACAAGAAAGUUUGCAGAAAACAAACGAAAGCUUGCAGAAAACUAAGGAAAGUUUGGAGAAAACAAACAAAAGUUUGGAGAAAGUGUACGAAGCGGUCACCGAGCCGGAAGAAGGAGCCGAAACGGACUUCAGCGACAAUAAUUCAACAUUCGGAGAAAGUAAGGAGAACACAGACUGGGUAAUUCGAUCAGGUCCUAAUGAAAGUUUGGAGAAACUGUUAAACACUCUUGAAGACUCAACCGAUGGUUUUGAAAGCCCAAUAAGUGCUAAUAUCACCGUUUUAGAGAUGAAGGAAGACAACUCAGGGGAUGGAACCCCGGAUACGAUUAAAAAAUCUUCGCAUAUUUCGAAAUUUGGAAAGUAUGGAGAAAACGAUCAAAAUCUUAAUACUGAGUAUAAAACACUACCUAUGCCAAGAAAUGUCAAAGCCAAAGUUGAUCCAAGAAUUAAAAUUGGCAUAAUAAAUACGGACAUAUCACCUACCCUAGCCAAAAGUAUUAUGGAAUACAAAGCAGGAAGUCUAACAUCAGAGGAAGAAAACAGAGACACAAAUAAGGGCACGCAGAACAGUAUAGAUGACAGAAACUUACCACACUCGCCAAACAGUGUUUUCCCCAUUAGAACAACUGCAUCCCCGGAAGCAAUGGAGACCAACACAGUACAGAGCAAUGAACCACCAUAUCAAACCCCUAAAAGGUUCAGCUCCAACUUCCAACAGCUUAUAAGGGAAAAAUCUCUGAAAACAAUAACCGUAACGAACAACAGAUUCCAAGCCCUGACGGACGAAUCUGAAUCGGAAUAUGAAGAUGAAAUCAGGAAAAUAGUGAAAAGAAAAAGGAAAAUGGCAAAACAAGGGGAUGAAAGCAGCAAAAUAAAUAACAAUAAUGCACCAACACAAAGCAAGAAUACAGAAAAACCAACUGAAAGCAAAAGUAAUAACACAAAACCAAGUAUCUCCCAAAACACCCCCAAAAAGAAAAACCCCAUGCCACCCAUCGUAAUAGAAGGUAAAACCACAAACCAAAGCCAACUCAUAAAAGACAUAAAAGAAUUAGUAAAAGGGCAAUUCUCAAUUAAACACACAAACGCCUCCACCAUAUUAUUUGUAGAAGGUAGGGAAGACUACGAUCGCAUGGUAAACAACAUCAAGGCAGAGAAAAUGCCAUACCACACCUACACGUCGUACGAAGACAAGUCACAUGCCUUCGUACUGCGGGGGUUAGCAGAUGGGACACAAAUUAGCCAAAUAGAAGAAAAUCUCAUAGAAGAGUAUGACAUUAAAACACGAUCUAUCUUCAAAAUGAAUACGAAAAACAGACCGCUGUUCCUGAUCGUCACUGACCCCACGUUGACAUUAGACUACAUGAACAAAAACGUAAGAAGGGUACUCUAUUCCAGAGUAACAUGA